AUGGGCAGAAAGAAGAAGAAGGUCGACAAACCGUGGUGUUGGUAUUGCAACCGAGAGUUUGACGAUGAAAAAAUUCUUAUUCAACACCAAAAAGCAAAGCACUUCAAAUGCCACAUUUGUCAUAAAAAAUUAUUCAGCGGACCUGGUUUAUCUAUACACUGUAUGCAAGUUCACAAGGAAACGAUAGACAAAAUUCCUGCGGCGGUUCAUGGUCGAGACAAUAUUCAUGUAGAGAUUUAUGGAAUGCAAGGAAUACCGGCAGGUGCAUAUCGGGGAGCUGCAGAUGAAGAGCCAGACGAGAAACGGUCGAGAAUGGAUUCAGGACCAGCGCCAAUGCCAGCUCCGAUGCCUUUUCCGCAACAUUUUCCGUUUCCAGGAAUGCCUCCAAUGCCUUCUGGACCGCCACCACCGCAAAUGGGUUAUGGAAUGCCUCCAAUGCCACCUGGGAUGAUGCCGCCGCCACCAGGAAUGCCUGGAGCAUACCCACCACCACGUGGUUAUCACCAAGCUCCUGCGCCAGGAGUAUACAUGCCUCCUCCUGGAAUGCCUGGAGCAUAUCCUCCACCACGAAUGUCUAUGGGUGGACAUCCAGGUGGACCAGCGAUGCCAGGAGGACCUCAACAAAGAAGUCGAUUCGAUCAACCAGAUGGAGAUAGAUGGGCAGCUCCCGGACGAGGAGUUCCAAAAACUCCUCCGUAUGAAGAUGAACGGGAAACACAAGACUACCGAGGAACAGAUGAGUAUCAUCAAGGGGGAUACGAAGACAGUUUCAGAGAAGGAGAUCGGAGUGGACCAUCGGGGGGAAGCCGGUUCGAUCCUGUCAAAACAGAACCAGAGUCAAACUCUACCGGCUCUGGCCCACCAUCAGCAUCAGUUGCUGCCGCUGCGGCAGUUGCAUCAAAACUAGGGUCACGAACUCGAAUUGUUCAUCCUGAUGAUCAUUCCCUGUCACUAGAGGAACGUCGUGUCAAAAUGAUAUUUGAAAAACGCGCCAACGCCUAUCAUUAA